UAAUCUGAUAAUAACUUUCAAUAAAACACAAUUGUUCAUUAUUCUUAGUUCUCACAAAAACAUGGCAUCCAUGACUCCUUUACACACAAUCCUUCCCACUGUUACAAUUUCCAGCAACACUAAACUCUCAUUCGGAGGCUCAACAACUUUAUCCUGCAACAAGAUUCACAACAAUCAGAAAAACAAGAACAGAUCUUCAUCAAUUGUUGUUUCAGCAGUUGGAGAUGUAUCUUCUGAUGGCACCAUUUUUCUUGUUGCUGGUGCUAUUGGAGUUGCUCUCAUUGGAACUGCAUUUCCUAUCAUCUUCUCUCGUAAAGACACAUGUCCCGAAUGUGAUGGAGCAGGGUUUGUUAGGAAAAGUGGGGUGACAUUGAGAGCAAAUGCAGCAAGAAAGGAUCAAACUCAAAUUGUUUGUGCUCGUUGUGAUGGUUUAGGAAAACUUAACCAAGUUGACAAAUAGAAAGAUGCGAGUGAAUGUUUUUCUUUUCUUUUCCCUUUUAUGUAAUGCAAGGAGGGAAAGACACAAGUCUGAUUUGUUGCAUUAGAAAUCUGAUUUGUGGUAUUCUCUUUAUAUCAUGCAUGGUACAUUGGUCUAUGUUCUUAAGGAAUCCGAAUCGGAAUCUAUUUUGUUUUUCUUAA